AUGAUGGGAAUAAAAUCUAAGCAGUUGUACCAAGAUCUGACGCAGAUAGUCAUCGAACGCGAUGUUUCGCCUUUAGAAUGCAAUAUUCCAAGUGAGUUUCUGGGAAGACUGUUUGAACAUAUGCUGGUUUCUAUUCCGCAGGAUAUUUUUUCAAAUGAAGGCGGCAGCGAUGGGUGGGAGCAUGAUGUUGGUAGACUACAGCAUGUCGUGGAAUAUAUUGAGAUAAAUUUUGCUAGGAACAACACAUACCCAUUCACCAUACAAAGGCUUUGUGAGCUUUGCUAUCAUCCUCUGAAAUACUUUAAGAUCCAUGAAUUGAAGAAAUUUGUGAACGCGGUGGAGAAGGUAAGUUUCGUGAGGAGCAGCUGGACAAAAGACUACGGUGUAUCUGAGAACUUACAUAGUAGAGAAAAUCCUGCAAAUGGAAAUCAAGUAGCACAAAGCAUCGAGAACGGAGAUAGUAGAGGUUAUAGUGAGAAUGUCUCAAUAUCGAAAAUCCAGUGGUUAGGUUCUAGAGAUACAGGCAAUUUAAAAGAUUUCAUCGAGAAGAUCGAGUCGAUAGUGUCUGUUACCUUUGGUUAUGAUGAGGAAGAAGAAGAGGACGAAGAAGAUAGAGAUGUUAUUAUCCAGGAGUGCUACGAGGAAGACACAGGCGUAGAUACAGAGGAGGAAGAUGAAGAAGAUCGAGACUAUGUUUUAGAUGAAGCAUCCACCAGCGAAGAUGAAGAUGAAGAUGAUGGAGAAGACGAUAUGGAAGACGUUGGACCUGAUCUACAUAAUGAUGCACAGGGUGCAAAUCAAAAUGAAACUUAUGGGUAUGAUAAACAGUCGGAGGCGUCCACAGGGCAUAAUAUAGAGACCACUGAAUCAUAUAAUGGAGAAGUUGCAUCCGUUUUAGAGGACCUGGGCAUCGAUGCCGGGAUUAAUUUAAGCGGCACCAAAAGAAGACCUACAAAAGAUUUGGACGGAUUUAAUUUCAGGGAAACGAAGUCUGAGCUCACAGAGGACCAGCUAGAAGAUAGACCAGAAAGUUCAAUACUAAUAAAUUCUCCACACUUCGGAAAUUCGGUUAGAGGAGACGACGAGUCUACAAACAAUAUGAAUAACAAUGUUUUCGAUUCUGGAGAACAUAAAUCAGCUAGCUUGGGCCAUAUGCAUGCUUCCGAGCGAACUCAGCCAAUCUUAAUAUCACCAACUGAGGUAAAAGAGAACACAGAGAAGAUGACAGCUAUUUCACAAGAAGAUAGUCCACUAAGGCAUAGGGCAAAAGGAAAUACACAUGUAGCACCAAUACUAUGA